CUAUGCUAAUCUUUCUGUGUUCUCUACAUUAGGUUUGACAUACAGACAGAGGCGCUGGAUUGCGACCUUUGACCUCCACGCCCUGCUGGCUGACAAACAGAUCCAGGCAGCAGAGCUGAGGAUCAGGCUCCCUCGGACACCCAGUGCUUCCAACAUCACCGUGGAGGUCUAUCACCAGCACGGCCAGGCAUGCCAUGUGCACAAGAGCUGCCAGGAGCAGCAGCUGGUGGGGCUGCUCACUGAAUCAUCGCUGGUCACAUCAUCACAGAACUGGAAAGUGUUCAACAUGACAAAACCUCUCUCGAGCUGGCUCAGACAAAAAUCGGUGACGGCCAGAAUUCGAUACAAAAGAGUGUCGAGAAGACGAGGGGCAGUAAAGACAAAGAGUGGCCUGUCGCUUCCCGAUCAGCCUGUUCACGUAGUGAGCCCGAGAGGAGAGCAGGACAUGAGGGACCGGGCCUUGUUGGUCAUCUUCUCACAAACUGGCUCCGAUGAGAACUCAAAGGUCAAAGCGAGCUUACUCCACACAGCUGAACAAUCCAAGUUCUUGUCCCCUGCUGAAAUCAAAAAGGCCCGCUGGCCGAAGAGGCGCAGGAGCAAACGGGGCCAGAAAGAACAAACUGUGAGAAGCCCGCAGGCGUCCAAAAAAGGGAAUGAAAAAUCUCUCUGUCGCAGAGUCGACUUGCAGGUAGACUUUAAUCAAAUUGGCUGGGGGUCCUGGAUCAUCUUCCCUAAAAAAUAUAACGCUUUCCGCUGCGAGGGCUCCUGCCCCAGUCCCCUGGGAGAAGACCUGAAUCCAACAAAUCAUGCUUACAUGCAG